GUUUGUCCAUUCCUAAAUUUAACUCAUCGGAGAAGAUGUCUGCUUCGUUGAUGGUGUGUAGAAGACUCGCGGGUUCAAGUAAAAUACUGCACAAAUGUGUGAACCAUGGAUGGAAUGCAAAGUCUGUGCCAUCUGUCACACAUCCACGUUUUUGGAGAGCAAUGUCGACAGCGUUUUCUGGCUCGUUACUUGACCUGAACUUUCAAGACGAAGGAAUGGCAGUGGUUACUAUGAAAAGUGAACAGAACACACUGCUUCCUAAAGCGAUUGGGGAAUGGCACCAAGCUCUGGAUGCAGUGGAACAGUAGGGAUAUUAGAGACGGUAAACUCUGAAUGCCGUGCAUUGGUGACAACAGGUAAUGAGAAGUUCUUCUGUAACGGCCUUGACCUCCAAUAUGUGAAGACCUUCACGGACCUAGAGCGUCAACUGGAGCAGUAUCUUGAUGAAUUGAACAAACUCAUUGUGAGACUCAUGCUGUUUCCUCUACCCACAGUAGCAGCGAUCAGUGGUCAUGCCUUUGCUGGUGGUGCCAUCUUGGCGUUUGCCCACGACCUGCGUGUCAUGCGAGGAGACCGGGGAUGGAUUUGUCUGAAUGAGAUUCUCAUAAACUUCAACUUCCCUCCAGUCCUUCUGGCUUUGGUCAGGGCCAAGCUAGCCCCAGGCCCCCUGCUGACCCAAGCUGUACUCCAGGCCAAGCGGUACACCGCCGAGGAAGCUGUAAAGUGCGGGAUAGUGGACCAGGUGGUUGACCAAUCACAGCUGGUCAACACAGCUGCACAGAUGGCCAAUGAGUUUCUAGGGAAACAGGGAAUAAAGCGAGAGACCCUGCACAGUUUCAAGAAAGACUUGUACAGCCCUGUUCUCCAAGCCUACAGUGGCCGGGUGUGACAGUGUGUCAGAGAGGGGAGAGACGUUUUACAUCUACAACUUGUUAUUGAGGGCACUGAUUUCCUUUUCUGGAAAUGACUAAUAUAGACACAUACAGAGCCUGUGACUUUAUUGAAAGAGGAAAAAUGUUUUCUAUUCCUUACUAUUGCAUAUCAACAGAAUGAGAUUGCAUUGAUUAAAAAUACAAAAAUAAUUUGAUUUGUGAAAGGUGUGUAUUGCAUAUUGUACUCCAGUGAAGAUUCCAGGGCAGGAUAGUUCGCCAGGACCCUCGGAUUGUUGCUUGUGCUGUUUUCCACUGGGCUGCCUUGCUUAGUCUAUCGCUGGAAUAAACAGCAUUAAACAACAAACAAACAA